GUCGUGCUUGUUCACCAAUCGCCAUCGCGCCAUCUUACUUAGCCCAGGACAUGAAAAUGCUGGUCGGCAAUCAAGUAUAAGGAACAACACCGUUAUCGCAAAUAUAAUCGACAGUGGCCAGGAUUUCCAACCUGGAAUGUAGACGACUUUGAGCCCAAACCAUCGGCCCAGUCUCUAUUUCAGUUUGACGAUCAGCCAUGUGUUUUGACAGACAGAUGAACCACCUAGGUAUCCAUCUUUUGUCCGGUCCAGAUCGACAAAUUCGGGGGAAGGGUUUCCCGGGGCCCAACUACCGAUCUUACGACCUUGCUCGGUGGCAACGUUCACUUUUAGUCUUUCACCGAGUGGGCUCCUGGACACUCUCUCAUGGUCCAGACUGCAAUACAGAAGAGACGUCGCACGCUCUGACAGGUUCGGAAGGUCAUUCGGCGGGAUGCAUAAUGUGCGUAUGCGGUUCAGCUGGCUCCCGCGACGUCAAGCCAUGCUCCACUGUUCAAGGUGGCUGGGGUUCCCGUUGCUGACCACACAAGACAAUCGAAUCAGACGGUAGGCAGCACUCUGCAUGGCGUCCUCAGCGGCGAACAUUGGCGGGUUCCUCCAAGACGGUAGUCUUCCAGGGCCUAGAAUACACACCGGCGUCCGGGGGGAGGCGAGCUGCGAUACAGAACAAGGCACCCAAGACUCCGGGCUAAGGACAUGACCGAUGUACAACGUGGGGGGGAGGGGGCGUUCCCGGACCGUCACUCAUCCGCUGGCGUUGUAACCUCAUCGCCAAAGCUGCCUCAGUGUGGAACCCCCCGGUACAACAGAUUCGUCGUAAGAUGCGAUUGGUGCUGACGAGCCCAUUACACGCAUGGCGUGGUACGUUCCCCCGUCGCUCGUUGGGCCGGCGCGCCUGCCGGUUGUUGGUGAGGUCUCCUCCCCGACGCUGAGUCGAGGCCUCUACGAAAACUUUUGCCCUCACGAUCCGGCCCCGUCUUUCUCGACGCCCGACGAGCAGAUACACUCGGACUAAUGGGCCAACGGCGGUGGACUACUUUGAGCGCCGCCGAAGAAAACAAGUCAGGCGCUAGGAAAGCUAGCGAAGCCACAGGUGAAAUAAAAACGACAGUGUCUCACUGUCUCCCCAAAAGGCUUGACAUCGCCGACAACAUUGAUUGGGUGAUCUACGAUUGUCGACAUGAGCCUUAAUGCGAUGUGGCUCACCUCACAAUGUGCUUCUUGGGGUUCGGUUUGUUCGCUGGACACUUCGUCAGGGCGAUAUCGUGGUUCAAUCCAUCCUCAAUCAAUGACAGUGACUGGGCGACUGUGCAGCAACCUCGACCUUUUGGUGUCCCAAGGUCACGGAAGUCGGUGUCGGUGCGAUGUCGAUGUCAUCUGUCUCUCAGACAAGGCGCGUUAUUACAAUCUGACAACAACUCGAGGAACCCCCCCCCCCCCCGGAGAUGAUGUUCUGCAAGACCUCGCACCAUGUGGGCUGCCUGGGAAGAUUCCGAGUGUAACCACUUCUAUUUUAGUGCCUCGCCCUCACCCAGGGAAUCGGGUUGCCUUAUGUUGGGAUGUGAGUGCGACACGCUCUGAGAACCCGAUGCUGUAGCCCUCGCGGUGAAGCACGGUAUUUCGUCGGGAACAUGUGCCGUGUUCGUUGGUGCUGGGCCAUGGUCAAUUAAUUGUCUGAGUAGCGUUAUGGAAUGGUGGAAACGGCGCGAUGCCCCCAGGACCCCGUGGGCUUCCAAGAGUCAAGACGGCAAACGUGGCGUGCGGGACGACGGCCACCACUAGGCCUAUCUAUGUAUUGAUACACUAACACUAUCCAUCCUCAGACUCGAGGAGUCAUGGCCGUGCAUCUGAUACAAUCUGUACAUGGGAGGUGAAGAUUUGAUUAUAUGCACAGAAAAGGGGCUCGGUAUCCAGGAGGGACGCUUGACCCCCCAAAAAGAGAGACGUAACAAGAUCAUGUGUUUUGAUUUAUUUUGUCGACUUCUCCCUCUUCUGAUUUUAAUUUUUUGGGGCCUCUCUUGCGGCCCCAGAACCACAGGCUCGGUCACCCAAUUCCUGUCGUUACACGGUUCAUCAAGGGAACAAUGGCGAUAUACGAGGCACAACGUGCGUAGUUCGUGUCCCUCAACACAAGGGCCGCGGCAACAAGGGCAUCAUCAUCAUCAUCAUCAUCCGGAUCAAGGGUGGAAACGGGAGAUUGAGAUUUGGGAUCAAAAACGGGCCCUGGCGGCCACGUGCGAUGCCGACCGUGACGACUGAUGAGAUGGAGAUAGAAGAUACCGGCCCCUACCUGCGUUAUGGAGAAGUCAAAUUCGUCUUGUUUUUUUUAAAAAAAAAAUCUUUGGGAUUUUGUUCUUUGGUUACCCUUGGCCAGUAACUUGUCCGUGCUUACAAGGGGGGAGGAGCAUUCCCCCCUUCCUUCUCUUCUCUUGCUCUCUUCUUCUCCUCAGACUUCUCCCGCGCACGCGCACAAGCCGCGGGGCUCACCCCUGGCUUUCUCAUUUAACUUGAUCCAGGGUCCUCGUCUCGGCCGUAGACAGGGCAGGAUGGACUCAUGGAGAAGCCCCCCCCCCCCGUAGAAGCACGCGUGCUACACAACACUUGCAUACAGACAUACGAACCGGGCUGCUGCGCGCGCGUCAGUUUCCACUCCGACGCACUUGUUGAUCUGGCCGGACGCCCCAAAUCUCUGCGACCGCACAAUUUCGUUCUCUCGCUCGCUAAACAACGGCACAGCCCCGCGACAAGGUCGACUCGAGUCAGAACACACGUCCGAUCCGCUACCGAGUACCGACCCGGUGCACGAUACGGAUAGAGCCGGACGACACGUCUCCGUGUUGAACCACCACCACCACACCAACCACCAUCCCCCCUUGCCCCUCUCAGAUGAUAGGCGUGCCCGUUCCCGCGAUAGCAGAGGCCGCCGUCCGAAGACAUUGUCGCGGGGGGGGGGGGGUUCGUCCUUUUCGCUCUUGACAUGCGCGCACGGUUCCCCGUCCGACCUGGCCGCAGCCAGCCAACAGCCAUGGCUCGCACUAGUCGAGGUUGACGGUGCCUGCCAGGACAUGUCGCUUUCAAGCGCUUGCUCGUGCGCCCAAAGAACGUGAUUGGGCAGGCCACACGCUUCAUCGACGCCUCCGUCCCCUCCUCGCGGCAGAUGCCAUCUCAUCUGCCGUCAACUCCUGUCAAUGUGUAAGCCGACGAGAUUGCCCUCGUCGCCUCCAGUGCCUUGCUAACGCGCCGCCUCGGUGGCCGCAUACGACCUUCAAGCUGCUGGCUCUGUUCUUCUGCAGGAUGCAGCAAGUCGACAACCCGUGUCGGGAAGUUGAGGCUCCCACUAUCGACCGGCCUUCGGCAUGGCUCUUUGAGAACCCGACACUCUCGUAGGCGAAGCCUGUGUUGGUUUGGUCCUUCAGAUUCCUGCAUUCGCUCAUAGUUGUCGAAAGGUGGCGCAUGCCGUGGCACAUGUCGAGAUGGCGUCUUCGGACGGCUGCUGUCCCGGCCUUUGCAUUGGCGCCAACGCUUGUCAUCACUGCUUCCAUUAUCUUCGUGUUGCUGUCUCGGCAUCAUUCCCCUUUCGGUUGCCCUGGUCUGGUCUUGUCUGGCCGUGCCUGCAGCCACUGACAACAAAACCAACAGCGUCGCUUGCCAACCAGAACUGGCGGUGGAAAGACUUGCGCUGCCGCUGUCUGCCUUUCGCCAACUAU